UUGAACUACGAUUCAGCUGGAGUUCUCAACAAGUUUGUGUUAUUGUCCAGGGGCCAGUGAGGCUCUUACAUCGGCCAGCUCGGUUGGAUCCUUCAGCUCUUUUGGCUCCUGGGAGCGCGCCAGAUGAGGACGAAGCCCAAGAUGGAACAAACGCCACCACAGUCACGAAAGAAUGAGCGAUGGGGACCAGAAAUAUAUGUCCACUUGGAGUUCAGAGUCUCAUGGGGCAAGAAAGAACAAUCACCAAAGAGCCACCAAGUCACUUACAGGUCUCGCGGACCACGCGAAAGGUCACCUGCAUUCCCACGUCAGGUGCCGGCAGCCAACACCAACUACCUCGCUGCUAUUCAUGAUUUCGACCAGAGGCAAUCGAGAUUGCGUGAACGUCGUCGGCAGUUCUUCGACAAUCCUAACCGGCACCAUCAGAUGCAGGAGUACUACCCGGCCCAUCAGCAGCCACAACCACCACCACAACCGCAACUGCAACCAGGUCACCUUCAGGUACCCAUAAUUCGAGAACCUGAACGGCCAACCCGGGCCGAUACACGGGGGUCCCACGAACGUGGACGCUCAGCGCCGCCCCCAAUCGGGGAGAAUCCGUGGGACGUGAGCAUUCCUCAGGAAGCCAACCGGGCCACGAUGGAGAUCAGGCGGAAACCCCUGCCCGCUCCGCCGUCACAAUUCCGUCUUGGGGAGGGAGGGCAACCGUGGUCGAUGUGGUCACUGCCCGUAGGGUACGACCCGGACACAUUCCCAAAGGACGACGACGAGGAGGGUUUGCCGGUCAGGUCUGAUCCAGCGGAUCGAAACUCGACCAUGUACGCCACAAAUCCAGAUAUGGUCUCCACCUUCUCUCCGGAACCAGCCCCAGUAGCACGGACGCGCGACGCGGAGACUGGGAGGACAAGGGAGCUUGGGGCGCUGUCGGCAGCUAUGAUGACGGUCGAUAACGGCUUCGAGAACCAGUGGUGGUAUCAAGGACGGCGAAACACGAUGCUCACGGAUGAGCCUGGGACGUCGGUGGAAAGCCCGAUUCAUCGCUGGUCGACCGACCCAAUGACCGCAACGACAAGUCCGCCGAUGACUCCGACGGUGCAAACAAUACCUGCGUGUGUUGUCUCGCCUCUGACUGAGUAUGCUACGCUGCAUACGAGCCCCGGUCCAGCACCAGCGUCCUUACUGCAGCGGACAAUGUCGACAAGAUCAGAAGAGCUUUGGAUCCAUGAGAGGAGUCCGUAAUGUGGGCGGUUGACUUGGACUUGGCUAAUUGGAUGGCGUUUGGGAGCUCUUUCUUGGUUUACCCACAAAAGGAUAUAAGUCGAUACCACAUUCAGUGAUGGCUCAGUAUUGCUGGCACUGGCUUUUUGUACGAGUAUGGGAGGACACGGUAUCAUUUAGCGAUCUCUGGUGUUUCGGUAUCGGUUGGCACAUCUCAGCGUGGAGGGUAUUCCCAAAAGCUCAUUUUUGUUUUCUCCCCCCCGACUUUAGGGGUCAUCGACAGACAUGAUCAACCGCCACAACUAAUCUAAUGAGUUCAUCUGGUCGAAUAACUUC